AGGGAGGAAGAUGUGGUGUCGUUGAAAUCCCACAAAACUACAGCCUUGAAAUAAACACACGUUUCGAUUUGGAAGUGGCGCAACUACAUCUGGCCAGUCACUUGUUAAUAUGAGUGAGGUGUCAACAUGGCGACAGAUUUAGCAGUCGGUUGUGUGCCGCCUUACUACCGAGAAGUGUAUGAUACCUGCGCCCCGUCAACAAGUCAUGUAACGAAGGACGUUUUCACCAAACUUCUUGUAAAAUCGGAGCUUCCUUCACAAACGCUGAGCCAGAUAUGGGAUUUAGUAGUGGACCCAAAAGUGAAUGCUCUGUCUAGAACCAGUCUGUACAAAGCACUAGCACUUGUGGCUUGGGCACAGCAGGGGAAACAGCCUAGUGCAAAACUUUUGGAAAAUUUUUCUGGAGAAGAGCUUCCAAGGCCAGAGCUUGGUGAUUUGUCUGAACUGCGUCAAAUGACUAGAGAUCAACAGGGAGUUACCCCAACUCGCCUUGGUCUCACAUAUACUGAACUUUGUUCCCAAGAUUCAGUUGAUGUUGAUCUUGUACCUGAAAAGAAAGGUCUCUUUCUGAAGCAUGUGGAAUACCAGGUCACCAGCAAGAGAUUCGGUUCAUUGGUGCGACGGAGAUACAACGAUUUUGUUGCUUUGCAUGAAUUACUUCUCAACCGUUUCCCAUACCGUCUGAUACCUAAAUUACCUCCAAAGAAAAUGGUUGGUGCUGAUUCGCAUUUUAUUGAAGAAAGACGGAAGUCAUUACGGCGAUGGUUGACUCUUGUGGCAAGACAUCCUAUUGUCAAUAAGGAUCCUCUUGUAAAUUUCUUUCUUACGUACGGUGGACCUGAUGUGCAAUACAAAAUACGCGAAGUUUUUCGCAGAAUGCCAGAUGAAUUUACGACAUCAGAGCUAGCAGCUACGGCCAAAGAUCUUGUUCCUCCAGAGACACAUAGUGAAUUUGCAACAAGUCGGGACCAGAUCCGAAUAAUCUUGAAUGGCGUUGUACGCCUGAAGCAAAUUGCUGAUGCUAUGGCUCUACGAUCCCAUGGGUAUGCAGCAGACAUGGCCGAACUUGGCUCACAACUUACAGCAUUGGCAGGAGAGCCUCAUGGAUCGUCGUCUUGGGCCACUGGGGGUAAUCCUGUGUGGGCAGAUAUGAAAAAGGGCUUCCAUGUAAUUUCUAAAGAGUUUGGACUACUAUCAAGCAAAGCUCUGCGGCAGGCUGUCAGGGAAGAGGAAGAAGUCUGUGAGAAGUUGAACCUACUGCUUGAUGUACUGAUAUCUCAUCGUGAGCUAUGUGACCGCCAUGAACGUGGUGUUGCGCAAGAUCAUGCAAAGGCACUGGCAAAAAUGCUUGCCCUCAAGAAAAGGCAAAUGCAAGGUGUCAUUAAAGGCACUGAUGCAGAGAGUGUGGAGCAACUGGAAGCUCGUAUGAUGGAACAGGAAUCAGUAAUAGCUAAUGUGGAGUUACGCAAUGCUUUCUCUCUUCAUUGUCUACAUAUGGAGACCCAACUAGUCCAUGCACAUAUCGAAAUACUUGCCUGUGUUCUGAGCACACUUGUAUCUGUCCAGAUUCGUGGCCAUUCAGAGUGAAAUGGUACACAACACAACAUUGCACCCAACUGCUGGAUUGGCUGCAAGGGUCCAGAUAAGAGCAUGUUUCGCAUGGUCUCCAUGUUCAGCUGAUCCGAUGUCAUGUGAUUUUUACCUGUGGGGUUUCAUAAAGGAUCGUGUACAUGCCCCUGCUACCAGCUGAUCUACCCAACUUAAGAAGCAGGACUGAAGCAGCAAUUGCCCACUGAUCACUUAUUGGGAAGAUCUCACCUAUUGACUCAAUGUGUGCUGUGCGAUGAGUGGUGCUCAUGUUAAACAUUAGCAAGAAAAAUUAUUUUGAGUUGUUCUUUCAUUUGACGUAUUAUUUAUAAUUGUAAGUUUGACGUAAUAAAU